CCCAACAAGGAGCAUAACAACUUUUUGCGUGAAGUGGUUUAAAAACUACGGCGGGUGCUUGGAAUAAUUUUUCAGAAAAAGGUCAUCUUAAAAAUGAAAACGAAAAAGGCGUUCCUUUGAUUCUCAAAAGCAUUUUAUAGUUUCCUUUGUUAUUUUUGUUUCUACUCAUAACCUCUCUGCAUCUCUGAGAAAUUAACAUCUGUUAAUAAUGUACUCUUAACCCCAUGAAUAUGUGAACAAUAUUUCUAAUAUGUUUUCAUUGAUGCCGACGAAGAUAUGGAUGCUCGCUUUCGUACCGGCCCUAAUGUUACAUGAAGCGUCACAUGUUUUGUGCAGUCCGCAUGAAGACGGAAGCUUGGUUCGUGUGGCGCGAGAGACGGACCAGUCCGUGGGUCUGAACGAAACCGAGUAUGCCAACCGGACGGGCGACACUGGCGACAACAGCCUGCCGUCCACCAUCUACCCUCCGUCGACCACCAUCCGAGAGAAAUUCGGCUUCACGGCCGAGACCGGCUCGACGGGCUCGCCGUUCCUGCAGGUGAAGGCGUCUCCGCCAACCACGGGCGCCAUGACCGGCUCGGCAGGCACCCGACCCAUGAUCAUCGUGGGCAGCAUCAUGCUGGCCGGCUGCGCGGGCGGCGCCGUCUACCUCUGGUACCUGCGCAAGGCCAAGCUGGACGCCGAGCACGCCGACGUCGGUGGCGAGCUGAUUCCGAUGCACGCCGAGGCGGCGCCGGAGCCCGGCGGCGACCCGGACGACGAAGAGGAGGACGCCGUCCCGGAGCCGUGACCCGAGCCGUGACCCGAGCCGUGACCGGAGCCGUGACCCGAGCCGUGACCGGAGCCGUGGCGAAUCCGUGCGGCGUCCGCCCGUCGGCGAUCUCGACCUCACACGUGCCCAAAACUCACAGCGAUGCUUCAUUUUGCGUAUAAAAACGUUCCUUUUCAGUUAGGAAUUUGAGAAACUGUGGACGUGCCACUGCUUCCAACCAUAAAAACCGUUCCAUUCAUACAUAUAUUUGAUCUAUAUUUCAGUUACUCGUGAUGCAUCAUUUCACUAUUAAGGCGGCGAUAAUUCUUAGCUGUGUAAAAUGUAUGCAUGCCUCGCUGCAAUCUAAAUACAACGAAGUGGAACCGCCUACUA